UCCUCCCAGCCACGACCAGUUCUCUAGCUCAUGCCCAUCUAGCUUCCCGGUCUUCUUCUUCGACUUCUUCCUCGGCUGCCGCCUGUUUGCCGAUAGAUUCUUUUCCAUUCUCAAGCUACAGCGAAUUCAAGGUAGACAUGGACGAGCAGUGGAUGAUCGGGCAGACUUCCCUCAGCCUUAGCCUCAACGUCGGCGGGCCUACGGCGCGGCGAGGUGCUCCUCCGGUGAGCAAGGUCCUCGUGGAGGAGGACUUCAUGUCCUCCAGGAAAAAUCACGAGGUCGAGGCACUGGAGGCCGAGCUCCGGCGAGUGGGCGAGGAGAACAGGAGGCUCAGCGACAUGCUUCGCGCGCUGGUGGCCAAGUACGCCGACCUGCAGGGCAAGGUCAGCGGCAUGAUGGCGGCGGCCAACAACCACCACCAGUCGUGGACGACAUCGGAGGGCGGCUCCUCGGCGUCGGCGACCAGAAAGCGCCCCCGCAGCGACAGCCUCGACACGGCCAGCCGCAACCCUUCGCCUCCGCUCACCGCGGCCGGCAGCAGCGGCCGCUUGGCCGUCAGCGUCACCGUUGGCCCCGACCAGGCGGAGUGCACGUCCGUCCAGGAGCCCUGCAACAGCAAGCGCGUCCACGCCGACGAGGUCAAGGCCAGCAGGGUCUCCAAGCUCUACGUCCACGCCGAUCCCUCCGACCUCAGCCUCCAGGUCGUGAAGGAUGGGUACCAAUGGCGGAAGUACGGGCAGAAGGUGACCAAGGACAACCCGUGCCCGAGGGCCUACUUCCGGUGCUCGUUCGCGCCGUCGUGCCAGGUGAAGAAGAAGGUGCAGCGCAGCGCCGAGGACAAGACCGUGCUUGUCGCCACGUACGACGGCGACCACAACCACGCACCGCCGCCCAAGCAACAAAGUUCUAGUAGCAGGAAGAGCGGCGACGCAGCCGCCGUCCGCGUAUCAGCCGCGCCGGUGCUUGCCCAGCAGCAGCGGAAGCAGGAAGCUUCGACGGCGGAGCAGGUGGCCGAUAGGAAGAACCUGGUGGAGCAGAUGGCGGCGACACUGACGAGGGACCCCGUGUUCAAGGCGGCACUCGUCUCGGCGCUCUCUGGUCGGAUCCCUGUUGCUUGACCGGAAAGCUGCCUGGCCAGCAUAGGAGAAUAUAGUCACAUGAGCAAAACACUUCUUCAGAGGAAAAAAAACAGAAGAAAACAUUACAUGUAUUAUUGAUGUAAAUGAAUCCUAGACCCGCAAAUUGGGGACAUGGAAACCGGAUCCUCUAAUUUAGGGAAGCAAAGUCACGGUGACAGAGUGCUAGCCUAGUGUAAAAUGAAGAAGAAAAAUCAGGGACUGUUAGCAGGUUGUUUACUGUUGGUAUUUAUUAUAGAUAUUAUUACUCUAAAAUUAAUUUUAGUUUAUCAUCAAUUUGUUGGUAUGUAAAUAUUAUAAAUGUACACAGCUGAUCUGUAAUUUACAAAUUAAUUUAAGUUUUUUUAGCCUUGAUCAUAUGGACUGAUAGAAGGUGUACCAUAGCUUCUUUAACUUCCCUUCUGUAUGUUAGAGAGUUCUAG